GCUACGUGCGCCCAAAUUCCUCUUUCGACGAAUUUCCAGAACGAUGUUUCCAGAACGGUGCUGUGCACGCGGCACAUGUAAGUCAGACAGUCAACAAAAUGAUGUCCGCAGAAUAUGAAGGUGAACGAACAGCUUUUGAAAGACAAGCUAAAUACACACGACAAUAGAAACCAGAAGAAGAGGGCGACACCUGUUACAGCUGUUGCGGCAGUAUACGCCAAAAGCAGAACCUGACACUGAACUACACUUCCAUUGACUGCAAAAGUUUUUUGUCAGUAUGCUGCUGGCCUUCUUCAUGUCUCUGAUAUGUCCUUGCUUGGGUGGAACAGGAUUGGAAUUUCGCGGCAGGAGAACAUCUCAGGAUGUUUGGCCCUGGUAUGAUGAAUAUGAAGACCAGUACGCUUGGAAUGGCCGGGAAUCCCACCACAAGCUAAAGUCUGGUAAUGUCUAUUGUCCGGAGAGGAUAUUUUUCUACGAGUGCUUCGGACUUAUGUUCAAGAAGUCAUGCUAUUCGCACUAUGACUGCAAAUAUUUCUGUUGCGAAUAUGGCUGCAAGAACUUCUGUUCCGAAGACUACUAGUCCCGAUAUUGCUGUGGGCUCCCGCUCCCGUGCACGCCACGCAAUCGAGCAACGAUGCGAGAGAUGCAGCACGAAGAUUCUGUUUGAUGUGCACUGUAAUAAACACUAAGAACUUA